AUGGUCCUCUUGGUGCUCUACGUCAAGGCGACGCUCGAGAACGUCGCCACGAUCGAGUUCCCCUCGCCCGACUAUCACUACUGCUUUGACGCCAAGGAUUCCCUCAGCGACGACGUGCGCGAGGGCGUGUUCGCGUGCGAAUCCGACGUCAUCGACCUCGACAACUCCAGAGGCCAGGCCAACUUUGUGAUCAAGUUUCCCGAUUCAAAGAAACAAGCGAGCGUGGUGUUCGAGCACGUCAAGGGAUUGACCACGAAGGGUGUGAUACGUGCGUCGGAAGAGUGGACGCCGGUGAUGGGAUUCGAGUGCAGAGGGUUGGAGCUGGAGAAGUUUGUCCCGACGAAGGGCGUCACGAUAACGAGCGCGAGCGGGACGGUUUGGAAGGAUGUCGAUCUGAGCGAAGAUCCCGACGGAUGGUACGAGUACUGCGAGAAGGGUGGAGACUCGGUCGGUGUCACCGAUUUUGCGUUCGAGUUUCGUAAGCACAAGGCGUGA